GUAUUUAUCACGUGGGUUAAAUAUUGCGGGAAAAGUCAUUGUUUUGAUGAAGAAGAGCAACAUCUUUAUAAUCAAAUAGGCCCUAGAUCUGAGAGAAAACUUGGCAACAUGAUGAACAACGACGUUGAUCAACGUUUGAAGGAAAUCCAGAGAGAAUAUCUCGACUUUCUUGACGAUGAUGAGGAUCAGGGUGUAUAUCAACAGAAAGUUAGGGAUAUGAUCUCAGAGAAUCAGAUUCGUCUAACAGUUAAUAUCAAUGAUCUUAGAAAGAAAAAUCCUAAACGAGCCGCCAGUUUAUUAAAUGAAUGUUUUGAAGAGUUGAUUGCAUUCAAUCGAGCUCUUAAGGAACUUGUGGCGUCGGCUGAUCCUCUACAUGCAAAACAACAUGAAGAAUUCUUUGUGGGCUUUGAAGGAAGUUUUGGUGCUAAACAUGUCAAUCCUAGAACAUUAACAUCCCGUUUCCUUGGUAACAUGGUUUGUCUAGAAGGAAUAGUAACAAAAUGCUCAUUGAUCCGACCUAAAAUAGUCAGGAGUGUGCAUUAUUGUCCAGCCACAAAGAAGACAAUAGAAAGAAAGUACACUGACAUGACAUCACUAGAAGCUCAUCCAUCAAGUGCUGUCUACCCAACUAAAGAUGAAGAUGGUAAUUUAUUAGAAACAGAAUUUGGAUUAUCAGUUUACAAAGACCAUCAAACAUUCAGUAUACAGGAAAUGCCAGAAAAGGCGCCACCCGGUCAGUUACCUAGAUCUAUUGAUAUAAUAGCUGAUAAUGAUCUAGUUGAUAACUGUAAGCCAGGAGAUCGUGUUCAAGUUAUAGGAACUUUCCGAUGUUUACCAGGAAAGAAAAAUGGCUACACAUCUGGUACAUUUAGAACUAUUUUAAUAGCCAACAAUAUCCAGUUAUUGAGUAAAGAAGUCGCACCGCUAUUUUCUGCCGAUGAUGUGGCAAAGAUUAAAAAAUUUGGUCGACAGAAAAAUGUGGAUGUAUUUGAAGCUUUAGCUAAAUCUCUUGCACCAUCAAUACAUGGACAUGAAUAUAUUAAAAAAGCUGUGUUAUGUAUGUUACUUGGUGGUACAGAGAAAAUACUAGAAAAUGGUACAAGAUUAAGAGGUGAUAUUAAUGUUCUGCUUAUUGGUGAUCCGUCUGUUGCUAAAUCACAAAUGUUACGGUACGUGUUGAAUUGUGCACCAAGGGCUAUACCUACUACAGGCCGAGGGUCAUCAGGUGUUGGUUUAACGGCUGCUGUUACUACAGACAGUGAAACGGGUGAUCGUAGAUUAGAAGCAGGUGCUAUGGUGUUAGCCGAUCGCGGUAUUGUCUGUAUUGAUGAGUUUGAUAAAAUGUCUGACAUGGAUCGUACAGCUAUACAUGAGGUGAUGGAACAAGGGCGGGUAACUAUUGCUAAAGCGGGUAUCCAUGCUAAAUUAAAUGCCAGGUGUAGCGUAUUGGCUGCAGCUAAUCCUGUAUAUGGCAGAUAUGACCAGUAUAAAACACCAAUGGAGAAUAUCGGACUACAAGAUUCACUACUUUCUCGUUUUGAUCUACUGUUUAUUGUAUUGGAUAAAAUGGAUCCAGAUUUUGACAGACGUAUCUCGGAUCAUGUUCUUCGAAUGCAUAGAUACAGAUCGGCACAGGAACAAGAUGGAGAUGCUCUUCAGAUGGGAAAUUCUGUCAGUUUAUUAGCCACACAAGAUCCAGAUAAAGAAAGAAAUGAAGAACAGGAGACGCCCAUGUAUGAAAAAUAUGAUGCUUUAUUACAUGGUGCUACCAGAUCUAAAAAGGACAGAAUAUUAAGUAUGGAAUUUAUGCGAAAAUACAUUCAUGUAGCCAAGGCCUUGAAGCCUAGUUUAACAAGAGAAGCAGCAGAAUUGAUAGCGGAUGAAUACGCCAAGCUACGUAACCAGGAUAAUCUAGCUCAAGAUCACAUUGCUAGGACCCAACCAGUAACAGCUCGUUGUUUGGAAACUAUGAUCCGUCUAUCGACUGCCCAUGCUAAAGCCAGAUUAUCAAAAACAGCUGAUUUACAAGAUGCCCAAGCUGCUGUUGAACUCAUUCAGUUUGCUUACUUUAAAAAGGUAUUAGAAAAAUCACGUAGACGUAAACAACCAGACGAUAGUGAAGAAGAAAGUCAAGACGAAGUCGAACAGGCACCAACACCUAAACGUAAAAAGAAGAGUCGAGCAAGCAAACAACGUCCACCUUUAAAAGAAGGAGAAGAAGGCUAUGAUCCAUAUGACUUUGAAUCAGCAGAAAGUACUGCUAGCGAAGAUGAGACACCAGAAUCUUUAGAAGAAUCUCGUAAGAAAAGACGAAAGUCCAAGGGUGAUGAUGAUACUGCCAUGGAAACAGAUGAGACCGCUACCUCUAAGGGUGAUAAACCAAAAAUAUCCGAUGAUAGGUUGAAGGCUUUCCGUUCGUCAUUAUUUAAUGUAUUUAAAGCUGCACAUGCCCAGUCAUUAGAAUUAGAUAAAGUACGUAUAGAGGUCAACAAAGAUCGUCUCGGUGAUGAGUUCAAGGAUGAAGAAAUAAAAGCAGCUGUGGAUACUAUGAUGGAUGCCAAUCAGAUUAUGUUGUCUGAUAACGUAUUGUUUUUGAUAUAGAAUAGCCAACAUCCAAUUGUGGAAAAUAAUUUUCAAGAUUUCUGAGCAUUGAACAAGAAGACAACAAAUUUUAUGGAUUUUCUUAGGGUUUGAGAUGCUGUUGAGAACUGCCCAACAAAACAAAGACAGAACUAAUUUGUACAAGAAAACUGUACAACUAAAUAUUCCCACUUUAUUACAAGGAGAAAUUGAUUUAUGUUCAAUUGUACAUAAGGAAAUAGAGACUUUUUACAUUUACAUUUCUUAAAAUAGUAAUUUCAAAGUGCUAAAGUUAUGUUUAAUGAAGUAUGAAUAUAUUGUUAAUGUGUGUCCGGCUCGUGGAACAGUUGUUGCAGUUUAUCUUGAGUUCAAUGACAGGAAUCGUUGUGCAUUAUUGGAGAAUUUAACUUAAGUCAGGAAAUUAGCCACAUAUUUCCAAAAACAAUGCCUUUAAACAGAUAGCUAUGCAAAGCGUGGAAAUACGCCCACAACAGCUAUGUCUCAAAAGCAGCUUAUCUGAAUAGACAAUUAAAUUUUGACCAAAUUGGAUGAGGGUUCUGUAUACAAAUAGCAUGGAAAUAUGCCCCACACUGAAGCUGUCUCGACAGCAGUUUAUCUGAAAGGACCAAAUUUGAUGAGUUUUCUGUAUAUAAAGAUAGUGUCGCAAAGCAUGGAAAUAAACUCACAAACCUGCUAAAGUUGUAUUUCUGAAUAGCAGCUUGGAACACCGCCUUUGAUUAAUUGAAUGGCUGAUGUUAUAGGCCGGGUCAGAUCUUCAUGUUGCGGAGGCCAUCAACAGUACAUGUAUAAAAAGCGAAAUUAAAUGUAGAUCUGUAUUUUAAUCAGAUUGAAUAGGAAAUAACAAAAAAAAGAUAAAAUGGGGUUGUAUCAGUAUUUAGAACAAUUAUACAUGUAACUAAUGUCCUCUAUCUUUUUUAUACCCCCAAAUUUCCUGUCAUGUCAAUAAAAGCUAUAUUUCAUAGCUGCUGUGUUAGGGUAUAUCCAUAAUUUGUGCGGCUGUUUUCAUCUGAAUUUGAUGAAAAUCUUGCAAAUUGGUGUACAUACAGACAUACUGUAGAUGGAAUGAAACUUUUAGUUUUAUUAUAAAUUAUGUUACGUAAAGAUUUACGUAUAUCAGAACAAUAAUAGAACCUGUCCAUUGUAGAUUUUGUUACCUUAAUGCAUGUUGAUAUCAGAAUAAUAGAAACUGUCUAUUGUUUUCUUGCACUAUACCUGACCUGAAUGAUGUAUAAAGUCUAGACAUUUAUAUUCAUAUGUAAAUAAAUCAGUAAACUGUA